AUGUCCCUCCUCAGCAGCUACGAGGGCCUGCGGUAGGAGAUCCAGCAGCUGGCACAGGAGAACCAAGAGCUGCGGCGGCUUGUGCAGCUCACCCCGGAGAACCAGGAGCUGAAGCUGGUGCUCGGGACCCGGGGCAGCAGCCUGAGCUUCUGCAGCUCCGGGCUCCUGGCCGAGGUGACAGCCAGCCCCCGCUUGCCCCGGCGCAGAACCGUCAAGUUCAAGGAUGCUGAAAGAGGUGCGUGGGCCAGGGCCGUGGGGGUCUCCUCAGGGACCCACAGGCUGCACUCACUGAGCCGUGCAGGACAGCGAAAAGUGGGAGAAACCCCUGCUCCCGUGGGGCCGUGUCCUGUCAGGUGCUGACAGGUGCUGUGGAGGAAGGGGCGAGGAAUGGAGCCGGGGGGCUCUUUUAGGGGUGCAGCAGGGAGAAGGUGACAUCUCUGAGAGAGUGACCUCAGAGCAGCGCUGGACUGAAGUGAGGGAGCCGUGAUGCUGCCCUUUAAUCCCCCAUCAUACAGAGGAUGAGGUGGCCAGAGGCCACCAGUCCCGUGGGGAGCCCUGCUGCAGCCUGGGUUGUGGCCCAGACCCUGUGCUCUCACA